UCCAUGUAUUAAUAAGCCAAGUACUGUACUCUGGAACUUCGUUAUCAACGCGGAGUUAACAUUCAUACAACAAGGCACAUAAGGUCAGGACGAUGACCGUUCCCGCCACAUCGAGAAGGGAUGCUGAACUGGGUGUGGGAGGUCGACUGGCGCGGGGCACGGGUGUCGCCGCAGGCUCUUGCGACGCAGGUGGGUUCGCGUCCAGCCAUUUCUUCUGUGCUUCGGCAGUGCAGAAGACACGAUCGCCAUAGAGGUUCUUGAGUUGUUCAUUGACAAGAGUCGCGCCUUGGGACGCCAGGAUCGUCGAGCCUUGCUUUUUGAGCUCGCUCUCGACGGUGGUAGUUGCGUCAAACACUUUGGUGGACUUGCCAGACACAUUGAGCAUGAUGUCGAGCGACGGAAGGAUCUUGGCUUGGGUGAUGGUCAAGUUGCGCAGGUACGGAUACACUUCGCUGCACGUGGUGGUCACAGUCACGGCGACAGUCUUGGAUGUGCCGCAGCAGGUGGAAGUGUCGUCUGCGAUCUUGUUGCAUCCGACGCCAGGCAAACAUGCUUCGAUCUUGAGACUCAACGGCAGGCUCUUGAAGCUGACGGCGCCGUCGAUUGUGAUUGUGCCGUUGGCGUCAGAAGUGAGGGUUAGUUUGUCCACGCUGAGCGUGUUCAGGCCAGAAAUCCAUCGGGCUUCAAUGGUGUACAAACUGGAUGUCGUAUUGAAGAGGUUGCCGAUGUUCGUGCAAGGCAGUGGAGCGUUUGCCGCCGAACAGUUCCCAACGGUUGCAGGAAGCGCCGUCGCAGAAAAGGUGGCAAUGAUCGGCUUGUACGUGUCUACCAGCGCGCUCAACGUUUGAGGCAGGACAGGGGGUUGGUUGGCUACUUGGGCGUUCACAAAGGCCGCGGCUCCCACGGCGGUCAUGACGAUAACCUUCAUGUUGGACAUAAAAAAUUG